AUGGCCUUUGUCUCAAAAGAGGAACACGCUGGGGGACUUUGGUGGGAUGCUGCUGACAACGUCAAGCUGCACAUUCCUACCUAUCGUUAUGCUUUGCCAGGCCUUCCCUACGACGAGCCCGAGGCUCAUACCGAUUCCAGGCACCAAGCCUCCAGUGAGCAAGUGUGCCAGUACGCUGGCAAGAUCGCCGGACGCGUGGUGAGUGCACACUUCGUUGGAGAAGUGACCAGUGUCGCACUGGAAAAGAGUGAGACCAAGCUAAAGAAGGUCACCUACAUUCCAAGAGAUGCAGACGAGCAACACCACCAUCAUGGCCACAUCUACGGCCGGCAUGUCGUGCAGGCCACCGGCUUCGAUGGCUAUGGAGGAAAUCCUCAGCUCUUGGGCAUCCCAGUGGAAGUUCACUCCAGUCAGCUGAGGCAACAUGCCGAGAGCCUGCACUGCAAACGUGUCUUGCUGGUGGGGAGCGGCAAGUCCUCCUGCCGAGAACGGCUUUUGACCCGUGCGCUGCUUAGACCGAUCCUCGACUGCAUACAUGCGUGCGCCGGAGCUUCAAGCCUCGUCCCUUUUCAAGCCUCGUGA